GGCUUGUCCACGGGUGUAACGCCCCGCCCCCCGUUCUCUCGUGUUCGACCUCUUUCGCUGCCCGCUCUUCGUUGAAACCCUAGAAGACCUUACGACUACGCCAUGAACGGCCCUCGCUACGAGCUGGAAGACGGGUUCCCUGCGACGCGACUCUUUGCCCAGGGCGUCUCGUACACCUACGACGAUGUCAUCGUCCUCCCCGGUUACAUCGACUUCCCCGCCGACGCCGUCAACCUCUCCACCCGCCUCUCCCGCCGCCUCCCCCUCUCCAUACCCUGUGUCGCCUCCCCCAUGGACACCGUCUCUGAGGCCUCCAUGUCCGUCGCCAUGGCUUCCCUUGGCGGCGCUGCCAUCGUCCACUGCAACGCCCCCCCCGAAGACCAGGCCGCCAUUGUCCGCGCCGCAAAGGCCCGUCGCAUCCCCUUUGCUACCGACCCCGUCUUCUUCUCGCCCUCCGACACCGUACCCGACUUCGGUCCCGCCGCUUACGCCCUCGUCACCGAGUCGGGUACCUCCAAAUCGAGGGUUGUCGGCGUCGUCGCCAAGUCCGAUUGGGAGGGCCUAGCGGACAGGGGCGCUGCUGUCUCCGAGUACAUGAGGCCGGCGCCAGCGUCGGCCCCGGCGAGCUACGACUUGGAAAAGGUGGCGUCUUUCCUCGCCGGCGGGGGUUUGGAGUACGCUCCGCUGGUGGCGGAGGACGGGGAAGUGGUGGAUCUGGUCACCAAGGGCGACGUGGAGAGGAUCAAGGGAUUCCCGAGGUUGGGAGUGCCAUCCUUGGGACCUGAUGGGCGGUUCGUGAUAGGGGCGGCGAUAGGAACCCGGGAGGCGGACAAGGAGAGGCUGGAACAUCUGGUGAAGGCCGGGACGAACGUCGUGGUGGUGGACAGCUCGCAGGGGAACUCGAUUUACCAGAUCGAGAUGAUCAAGCAUGCAAAGAGUACGUACCCGGAGUUGGAUGUCAUCGGAGGGAAUGUUGUCACGAUUCCGCAGGCUCAGAAUCUGAUCAAGGCCGGGGCUGAUGGGUUGAGGGUGGGCAUGGGAUCGGGAUCCAUAUGUACCACCCAGGAGGUCUGUGCUGUGGGCAGAGGACAGGCAACAGCAGUAUACAAGGUUGCAUCUUUUGCAAAGGACCAUGAUGUGCCUGUUAUUGCUGAUGGUGGGAUUUCAAAUUCUGGACACAUCGUGAAAGCUUUGGUUUUAGGGGCUUCUACUGUGAUGAUGGGCAGUUUUCUAGCUGGUAGUGGUGAGGCCCCUGGUGUUUAUGAGUAUCUGAAUGGUCGCCGAGUCAAGAAGUAUCGGGGCAUGGGCUCUUUAGAAGCUAUGACAAAGGGUAGUGAUGCCCGCUACUUGGGCGACACACUGAAGCUCAAGGUUGCUCAGGGAGUUGUUGGUGCUGUAGCUGACAAAGGCUCCAUAUUGAAGUUUAUUCCUUACACCAUGCAAGCUGUCAAGCAAGGAUUUCAGGAUCUUGGUGCAUCAUCUUUGGAGUCGGCUCAUGAUCUGUUACGUUCGGAGGUGCUUAGAUUCGAGGUCCGAACAGGAGCUGCACAGGCGGAGGGAGGAGUGCAUGGCUUGGUUUCAUACGAAAAGAAAUCCUUCUGAGUGCUACCAGACAUUUUCGUGAGAAGUAUUCUAUUCUAUUCUAUUCUAUUCCAGAGUGACAGCUUGUGAUUCAUGCACAUCUAAAAAUUAUUGUUCUUGGAUUAUAAAUAAUGGCAACCAUCCUUCUAAGAAAGAAAGGACCUCAAGUUCAUGCCA